AUGGCCCCCCGCAACCAGCCUUCCCUCCCGCCCCUCCCAGCAGGCUUUAGCCCGUCUCCCUUCCGAACAAGCAGGAUAAACUCGCCCCCCAAGCCCACGGGCCCCUCCAGUUUAAGCAAAGCUUCAAGCUUCCCGAUACCGUUGUCCCUACCUCCUCCACCAGUGAGGCGUUCUACUCCGCCAACUCCGAGCCUUAGCUCUUCGAACAGCGUUCCCCUGGAACCUACUAUUACCUCCAUUACCACCGAAACAAUUCCCGACGACAUGCUCGACGAACUGUUCGCCUCCAACACCCCCUUCGACUGGGACCAGUUCCUGGUUGGUGACGUUGACCAGGCUGGUGACGCAUCCGCCGUUCCUGCCGACGCCGACACCUCGCCUGCUUCAGCCGUUCUGACUCUGUCCAACGCGGGCUCGCCUGCUUCGGACGUCAACGGCGCGUCGCCCAAGUCUACCGAGUCUGAGUCUUCUCAGUCUCUUGAAGUCUCGAAGGGCCUCAACCUCUUCGACUUCGACUUUGACCUUCCUGCCGCUACUGGCAUUGCCCACGACCCUAGCGACAUCAUGGCUACCCUUGCCCCUUCGACUGCCGCCGUCCUCACCACGGACCCGACCCUCCCCUCGGACCCUACGGUGCUCUCUACCUUCGGCUCGUCGUUCGCCAACUUUGGUAGCCUCGCGUCUCUCGGCAGCAACGCCGUCAGCCAGCUCCAGCUCGGCAACCUGCUGAGCCAGCUCACUGGCUCGGCUCCUGCCCAGCCCGCCCCUGCCGCGGCUCCCAGCCUCCCCGAGGCCUACGCUGCCCUUGGCUGGCCAUUGACUACCGAGACCAAGGCUGUCACUGCCUCGCCCGCCCCCUCCAUGAAGCGUAAGCUUUCGGAGAUGUCGGACGACCAGUCGGCCAAGCGCUCUCGUGGUCGUGUCGGUUCGUCUGGCGCUACCCCUAUCGCCAAGCGUCCCUACCGCCGCCAGUCCAAGAAUGGCCUCAGCCUCUCCCAGCUCGCCGCUGCGGCUGCCUCGGGUUCGCCCGUCGUUGUCCCUGCGCCGAUCAAGGUUGAGACUCCCGCUCCUGCCGACGAGGACGACGACGAGGAGCCUGUCAAGCUUACCGCCUCUGGCAAGCUCUCCACCGCCCGUCCCAAGGCCGUCGUCCCCGAGAAGUACAUGAAGAACGGUGAGGCUCAGGCCAUCACUGGCAUGACCACCGAGGACAUCAUGGCCUUCCCCAACUGGGCUGCCCUCAUGGCGUGCGUCGACGACGCUCACCGUGCUGGCGCCGAGGUCUUCGGCAAGAUGAUCACGGAGAACCGUGACAAGGCCAAGUGGGCUGCCAAGAAGUCGCGUGACGAGCGCAAGGCCAAGGUCGAGUCCCUCGAGGGCCAGGUCGACGAGCUCCAGUCGCAGAUCGCCGACCUCCGUGGUCUGCUUCUCGGCCUCGUUGGUCGCGGUCUCGUUCCUCUCUCCGAGGUCGAGUCGUACAUCUAG